GCCAUCUGGAUAUUACUUGAACCGGUAAACACAAAUUGGCGCCAGUGCAUCUCAACAUCUUGCAACUCACGUUUGCUCUUGAGCCAUGAAUUGCGUUUCACCAAAAUCAUCCGAUCGCAAAAAGCCAAUCAAUCAUCGCAGCGAUGUGAACAACGAUGAUUGCCACUGGAAAAUUUGGCCCAUCGUUCGAAAUAACUACCAAAGAAUCGCAUACGAAGCAUACAAAUCGAAUGACAACGAUAAAGCAAUUUUGUAUGAUUCGAUGGCGCUCAGCUGUGGGUUUGUUGGUGGUAUAUUGAACGUUGAUCGCUUAGGCCAGAACAUCGACCAUCAAACAGUUUUCAAAACAGUCGACUGGCAACAAAAUACCAAUACCAAUCAAUUGAUCAACUUUUUGUCAGCGGCAAUGGGCAAUGUUUCGAUCAAAGAGUCGGUCAGCGUAACGUCGAAUAUUGAUAGCGAUAGUGACCAACGACGAUUCAAUGAAUUGUGCGCAAAAUGUGCUGAACUGCCGCAAGAAUGGAAUGUGGUUCAACUCAGCCAAAUGUACAACGGUUACAACAGUUAUUCCACGAUAAAAGACUCGUACACAAGCGAUGCACCCAUCAAAAUCACACUGUUUCGAGAUAGUUUAUCUGAAUCGCGGAACAAUCGGCCGACAUUUAUCGUUUUAGAUCUCUGUGAAACAGGCGAAAAAAGCAUAUUUUCAACGGCAUAUGAGAUACAUCAUGUGCUCUACAAAAAUUACACCCAGAACAUGGAAGCAACUUAUAAGACAUUCAUACAACAAUUGACACAAUUGCAAACCAAAUUGGUGGACGAUAUGUCAUCGUGGUUGGGACCGUGGAUAUCGUUACUGUGUGGAAAAAUUAAGGGUCGCAAUGGUAAAGCCUUCGAACAGUCGAUUUUCAAACAGGUGGACCAAUUUUGUAACGAACACAAUGACAUCACCGAGAACCAGCGCGUUCUGCUCCAUUUAAUGUGUCGUCGCAUUGAUUUGUUUGACAUAAAACAAAUGAAACAAGGAUGUUCGGACAUAGCAAACACGAAUGAACAGUAUAAUCAUAUGGUGACAUUUUUAAAGAAGCUCAAGGAAAAGGCUGUGAUAAAAAGCGAAUCACACGAAUAUUAUCCGUGCAUUUUGGUCGUUGAUGAGAAGUUGGACCAAAUGCCUUGGGAAAUGGUGCUUACAUCGCAACAAUAUACACGUGUACAUUCCAUUCACUUGCUGUUCGAUUUGUAUGAGAGAUUCAAAGACCAAAUCGACGACGGAUACUUGAAAAUAAAAGUGAAAAAUGGUUUUGCACUCGUCAAUCCCGACAACGAUUUAAAACUUGCUGAUAUGCGCAACAGAUUGAGCCAAUACUACGACACAUAUUUUCCAAAAUGGAAUUUGAUUGAUGGAGUUGUGCCGACAUUGAAACAAAUAUCUGAUGGGCUUGGGAAAACCGAUUUGUUUGUCUACAGCGGACAUGGCAGUAGUCUUCAGUUCUUCUCGUCCAUGGAAUUCGAACAAAUCAAGCACAACUGCGUAAUGAUGCUGUUCGGCUGUGAAUCGAUUGCAAUGAAACCACAUGGAAUUAUUUGUGAAGCGAGCUGUUCAGCGUAUACAUACUUCCACAGUGGUUGUCCAGCCGUUCUCGGUGGAAUCACCAUUGUGACCGAUAUUUGGAUUGAUCUCAUCACAAUUCUCCUACUCACACAAUGGACCCCAUCGAAGCAUGGCAAGCAUCCCACGAUCCAAACAUGCAAAGACGAAUCCACAAAGAAGCGUGUCAACCAAAUUUUGAAGAAAUACGAUGGCAAACGAAACCCAAAUCUACUUGAAUUGCUGUGCAAUAUUCGUAAUGAACGGGAAAUUAACAUAAGAAUGAGAUCGGCCAUCGUCUUAAGAGGUCUUCCGCCGUUCAACACUGUAUGCGACAAAUGAUUAAUCGAAAGAAAUGGAAUGGUUUGAACGGGAGAGAGAAAAUUAAUCGAAAGUUGUAUAAAAAUGAAGAAGCUAAAAAAAUGAAGAUUCAGCGGGAAAGAAAUACACGCAUCAAUUCCAAUGUACAAAUAAAUUUGAUUGUUGUUUUUUAUUGAUUCCUUUAAACAAAUAUAUUAUUAAUUUACUAUCAAUUGUUA